AUGAUCUUGUCGCCAGCUGAAAGGUCAUACUUGUAUGACUCGCUCAUACAGAAGCCCCCAAUUAGACCAGAUUCAAGAUCAGGACACCAAUUUCGUCCCCUUGAGGCCAAGACCGCAUUUUUACCAUCUUCCAAUGGAUCAGCUAGAAUUAGAUUAAUGGAUGGCAGUGAAUGUAUAGUUAGUGUAAAGGCAAAAGUGGUAUUAAAGUCGCAAGAAAGCAGUCUUAUUGAGUGUGAUAUCGAUGUGUCAGGGAAUAGAGAUGAUUCCAACUUCGUGUCUAUCUUGAAAUUUAACUUGACUAACUUGCUAUGUCAAAAUUUUCCCAUGGAUGUCCUUCAGUUAACAUCCAAGUACUCGUAUAAACUUUUCAUUGACUGUUUGGUUAUUAGUCACACUUCAUAUCCAUUGACACUUUUGUCCUUGGCAACGUAUCUAGCCUUGAAAACGACAAGGUUACCUCUAUUAGUUAGUGAUGUAGAUGAUUCAGAAGUUGAAGAACAACCAACCUUCUCGGACGACUGGGAUAAAUCGAAAUACUUAAAAGAGAUGGUUUCAUCCAACUCCAAGUUCCAACCUCCCAUUUUUAUUACUCUUGGUGUUGUGGGCGACAACUUGUUGUUUGACCCAUCUACCGAAGAGGAGCAAGUGUUAGAAAAUGGGUUAAUAUUGAGUUGGUACAACAAUAAGGUAAUCACACCAAUAUCGAACAUCAACCUCGCAUCAAAUUCCAACAAUUCUAACUUCAAAGGUAUGGAUCCUAUUUUGAUAUCUAAGAGUUUGGCACUUUUGAAGAAGUAUUGUGGAGAAAUCGUAGACGCUUUGGAUGGGAUAAUAGAACACGAUGACGCUACAGAGGGAGGGAUAUUUUAA